AGAGCGAAUUGUAACGGUGAUUGAUCGUUCAAACUUUUGAACUUAAUUUGUACAAAACGGUCACCAAAAGUCUAAUUUGCAACGAUAUGGUAACAAAAGUUUGAACUGGUAUGAAAUGGUCACACUGUUUAAUUUGUGACCGUUUUGUUCUAAGUAAAAAGUUUUAUUAUCAAAUGGUUACAAAUUAAAAGUUUGUGACUGUUUUGUACUAAGUGCAAAGGUUUGUGACCAUUUAUGCUAAUUACCCGGAUUUUGUUUGCCUCUUGGUUGGUAAGGCCUACGGUAUCUACCGGCCUAUCAGGCCCAAUUCGUAGUGGGAGCCCAGCCCUUAUCGCAUCCCACCACCGGAAACGGCGGCUCCGAGGGGGGAAAUGUUGACGGCGACCCGGAAAAUGCUAUCCGCUCGACCGCUCCCUUAUCCCAAUUGUGAGGGGAGGAUGCUACUUUCCGACCCCGCCUUCUAAUUCUUCAAGCGAAGCAGCCAUUACUGCCUUAUCUCCUACUUUCUCUCUCUUCCUCUAUUCUGCGCAGAUCUAUCCGCCAAACCAAAUGCUUCUUCUUUAGCUCCAUUUCCCUUUUGGACUCUUCCUGUUUCCCCCCCACCAUUCUGUUCGUACUCCACUGCCACUUCCCAUGGCGGCUGCAGCAGCAGGAGUGUCAGUCCGGUGGCACUAUUCCUCAUCUUUCCCCGCCACACCUAGAACCCACCACAAUCGCUUCCUUCCAAAUCACAGCACCACUUCACUCUCCUUCUACAGCAAGCGCCUAGCUCCGGUCGUUUGUUCACUCAAGAGCUCUGAUUCAACGGGGAGGGAGGGGAAGUCGUUCUCUUUCAAGGAGUGUGCAGUUUCGUUUGCUCUGGCGGUCGGGUUGAUAACUGGGGCGCCUUCGAUGGCGGAUUGGUGUCCCGACGCGAAUGCUGUUGCUGUCAAUCCGGCAUUGCCUGAUGUUGCCGUGUUGAUAUCCGGGCCGCCAAUUAAGGACCCUGGUGCAUUGUUGAGAUACGCGCUGCCAAUUGAUAACAAGGCCAUCAGGGAAGUUCAGAAGCCGCUUGAAGAUAUCACUGACAGUCUCAAGAUUGCUGGGCUCAAAGCUCUUGAUUCUGUUGAGAGAAAUGUGAGGCAGGCAUCUCGAGCUCUCAAGCAGGGGAAGAGUUUGAUAAUUGCCGGAUUAGCUGAGCCAAAGAGGGCGCAAGGUGGGGAAGUGCUUGACAAGCUGGAAACUGGGCUUGAUGAACUCCAGCAGAUUGUGGAGAGCAGGAACCGAGAUGGCGUGGCGCCUAAACAGAAGGAGCUACUUGAUUAUGUUGGAAGUGUUGAAGAGGAUAUGGUGAAUGGCUUCCCCUACGAAGUGCCUGAAGAAUACAAAAAUAUGCCUCUCUUGAAAGGUAGAGCAACUGUGGAUAUGAAGGUCAAGGUUAAGGACAACCCAAAUCUCGAGGACUGUGUGUUCCGCAUUGUCCUAGAUGGUUACAAUGCGCCUGUAACAGCAGGAAAUUUUGUGGACUUGGUUCAGAGGCACUUCUAUGAUGGCAUGCAAAUUCAGAGGGCGGACGGCUUUGUUGUUCAAACUGGGGAUCCUGAAGGUCCCGCAGAGGGUUUCAUUGAUCCUAGUACAGAGAAGACUCGAACUAUUCCUCUAGAAAUCAUGGUGGAUGGAGAGAAAGCACCUGUCUAUGGCGCAACUCUGGAAGAGCUUGGUUUAUAUAAGGCUCAAACGAAGCUUCCAUUCAAUGCAUUCGGAACAAUGGCAAUGGCCAGAGAUGAGUUUGAAGACAACUCAGCUUCAAGCCAAAUCUUUUGGCUGCUGAAAGAAAGUGAACUCACUCCUAGCAAUGCAAACAUAUUGGAUGGGCGAUACUCAGUGUUCGGUUACAUAACCCAGAAUGAGGACCUUUUAGCAGAUGUGAAAGUUGGUGAUGUAAUCGAGUCAAUGCAAGUGGUUGCUGGCCUUGAAAAUUUGGCCAAUCCAAGCUACAAGAUUGCAGGCUAGAGCUAUAGACCUCUAUCGCUUUUCAGCUUCUUAGAAAUACCCUGAGUUCUCUUCACAGGUAACAGUGCACUUUCGAGCUUGAGAAGAUCCUCUUAUGAGUUAUGAUAUUUUUCCUGAGAAUGUAAUAUCAUCAGCAUUCGUUUCGGUCCAACUUUGAGGAACAUUAUUCUUUCAUAGCAUAAGCGUAUAAGAUUCGUCGUACGUCCCUUUGUUGUAACCUGUUUCUUUGAGACUACUCUUAGCUUUUAGCAAAGCUCUUCUGUAACAAUAACUUCUGUAAAGUAAAGACCGAAUUCUCAUGAAAUAGAAUCCUUGUUGGGCUAGGAUUUCUGUUAUGGUUGGAACUAAACACCAAAUUUUCUAGACAUGAGAUUCUUGUCUGGUUAGGCAUUCUUGAUGAAUGUCAGUAGGUCUAAGGCAGAAACCUAGGUGUACUUAUAUGAUAAGAAAAGGUUGUAGAAAUC